AUGUGUGUGCGUACGAGUGUGUGUGCCUGGUCAUUCAUGGGUCAUGGGGGCUGUUUUCGGCACAGACAUGAUGACGCCUGUGCUCAACACCCACGUUACGGAACUACUUUACGGCACGGCGUUGCGGAGCUCACUGCACCAAGAGGGGCUCAUACUCGUCAUCAUUCGGGACCAGCUAAUCUAUCAGAGUGCACAGGCUUUUCCUCGUCCCCAUUCUCAUCCUCGUCCAAGCCCGCACCACCCGUCCAGCCGAUCCCUUCCUCCGCAUCGAAGCAGAGUUUGCUCAAAGAAAGAGACAUUAGGUAUGAGUCCUUCACGCUUCGAGACAAUCGUUGA